AUGGCAACAACACGAGAAAUAACGACAACAACAUUGAUAACAAAAGCGGUAGUAACAACAACCAACAACAACAACAGCAAUAUCCACCACAGCAAGAAAAGCGACAUAAAAAUCAACAACAAGAACAUCGACAACAAAGGCGGACGUCCAACUUAUCGUAAAUCAAGUCUGUUCUUUUUGUUGCCAGAUACUUCCAACAGAAAAGCUGAAGAGUUGCAAGACCCGAACGAAGACGUUGAGUUUGAUGAAAAGAAAGCCAGCAAAACUACCCACCUUAGUGAAAUCUUUGAACCAAGUAGUGAAAAUGUCAGCAUUAAUGAUUCAGCGCUAAACGAUGGUAGCGUUAUUGUGGAAGUUCAUUCUUUGGAAGGUGGAAGUACCUCAGUACAUCAGCAGAGUGAAAAUGAAGAUGCCGAGGUGAUUGGCGAAGAAACCCAAGACAGCCACCCUAUAAGAUACCAGAAUUUUGGUCACGUGACCGGUGGAGUGCAUCAUAAGAAAAGUGACCAGUCAGUGAACGAGGAAUUACUAAGUCUGCUACCUCCGUGGAAAAGACAGAUCCUUGUCAACCGCAUGGUCAAAGAAAAAGCGCGGGAAAAGGCUGAGCGAGAAAAGAGAGAAAUAGAACAAAGAAAGUGGAUUGGGGUUCCGUUAUGGAAAAUUCCUUUACUCUCCAAGAGAGAAGAAGAUAGACUGAAGGAGGAGCAGCGAUGGAUUGGCAUUCCAGAGUGGAAGAAAAACCUGCUAAGAAGAAAAGGGACCGAUCAACUUUAUCUGGAUUAUCAUGCAGUCAACACUGGCCAUCCGAGCAUCAGGCGUACGGUGUCAUGGAAACUACCAGAGAUGUCUGCUGAUGAAGAGUGCGAUGAAGUAACGCGGCCGAGAGCAAUUUCGUCACUAGAAUAGAGUCUGGGACGAGAAAAGCGAUUGCUGCACGGUACUUUGCAAGAGUUGUCUGAAAUGAAACAUUACAUAGCUGUUUGAAUCAUAAAAUAAUUGAUAUGUUGUGGACUACUUCGUUUCGACAAUCCCAACAAGUUCAACUAAAUUUAAUUUCUAUUCCGGUGAAGAAUUUUUCGUCUUUGGCGUCAUCUUUUCAUCCUAAUGUCACACGUUAUCUACAAUUUCAUGCUUAUCCGAAGUAGAAGUAUCCCAUAGCUUGUUUUGGAUGGAAGCAUUCGUUCCACAGACGUUUGCGCCUCAAGUUCAGACAUACAAUAAACAAACAAUGUACGAUGCAAAGUAAAUAAACAAUAAAUUGCUUGGUGGUCAACAUUGGUGCAUUUUUUCCUUUGUUGAUGUCUGAUUCUGAUGACUAUAAUUAAAAUUUUCAGUAGUUUGCAAUGCGUUUGAGUUUUACAGUAGCAAUUAGCAUUUUCACUUUUUCAGUUCUGUUCACUUUACAGCGAGGAAUAUAGAACCUAAGCGGGGCAUCUUUUCUUCGCGGCCUCCCUUUUACCCUGUUAUUUAGUACCUGUAAAUCCGGCACAGUUGAAACACGACCUCUAUUGCUGCAUGCAUCCAAAGGUGCCGGCGGUUAUCGAUACGUUACGCUGCAUUCAAGUUUGAUCAUAGCAGACCAAAACGUUCACAUUUCAUCGUUUUUGUUGUGUAGAAUUUGCACUGAAAAGUGACAUUGAUCAUGCGAUGAAUAACUAAAUGGCGAUCUGAGGCUAACUUAACAUAAUCUCGUGCAAUUAUUGCCUUUCUAUGUUGUUUCAUCGCAUUUUAAGUGAUUCAGUUUAAGGUCAUGCAGCGAGUAAGAGAAACAAAGGCACACUAGGGAAAAUUCACUACAUCUUGCUGAACAAUUUCUCAGCUGCAGCUCAUAAUUUGCUGCUCAUAAAAAAUAUCAUUCACAAAUUCAAGAACUCGUAAGGAUUGUAUUUCUUAUCUGCUGCAGAAUUCUACCUCCUCCCCUCCCACCCCUCCCCACCUCCCUUUAAAAGGACAAAAAUUAAAACGUGAUCGAUGCUCGUUCCGAUAGUAAGUUGUGGUAAGCCUUGUAGCUGUGCGACCGCGCUCAUUCAUGCUAUACCCAGAAUGAUUUAGAGAUUCUCGGAAAAGGGGGAAAUAAUGAUCAAUAAGACAAUAUGCGGAAAACCUAAAAUUGAAUCAGUUCCAAAUGACGGAGAAAACGAAAAAUUAGUCGGGAGGGAAAAAGUUUGAGAACCUUUUUCUUCAGCAUUGGCUGACGCACGUUUUUGCGGCCUAACGACGCUCAAGAAGCCACAAAACCAACUUUUGGACUCUCAGAGGUAAGCAUAGUAUAAUGAAUGUCAUAUUACAGAGAAAACCUAGUAAUCUUAAGCCUGGAAAGCGUGUGCAGUCACUAAAAUAUGACAAUGAAUACGGCAAAACUUCAUGUAACGGGAUCGGCAACAAAAUUCCUUUCAUGUAUUUAUCUGUGACAUUAUUUUGCUUGCUGUCUGAGGUGCUUGCUGCAUUGCCUACUCUCUUGAGAGCCUUGCUUUUACACCGUGAGCAAGGAAUUAAAUUGAUGGAGUUUUAUUGUUCGUGAUAGCUAGUGUAGGCUGACCUUCACAAUCAAGACGAGGAGCGAAAGCUUCUAUGCACGAGAAGCCCGCUCACGCUAACAACACUACCGAACCUGAAUCAUCAAAUUAAGGGCUACCUUCCAAACGGAACUAUGGCUUUACAAAAAAUGCUUCAGCCUUGAUCAUAGCGAAAAGUUCAUUGUUAUAGAAAGAUAAUUUAUAAUUUUUAUAAUAUGAAAGUUAUCAGAAGUAACUGAUCGUGAUGAUCACUGACAGUACAAAGACAUCAUUAACUUCAGUUGAAACUUUAAUAUUUCACCUCAUCCUGUCAUCAGUCGUGCAGGCCUUUGAGUUUUACUGUUUCUGUAAAGUUUAUUCAGACUGUUGAUCACAGGGACAGUUUGUGGACCUUGAUGAUGACGCCAUACGAAAAAUCACCACCAACACAUGUAAAUAGCGUGUAUUUUGCUAUUUGGAAAUCGUAACAGAAACCCACUUGUAGCUUAUCUUCGUUGAGGUCAGGCGUUUCAACCCCCAGCCAGCAGUUAGUAUAGCCUAGGCUAUCCUCUGGGCCCGUGAUUUCUUUCCAAACUGUUUUACCAUACUUCGUUAGCACCGCGCUUGAAAUUCCACCUAGUGUCGCGUGAAAGGUAGAAUUUCCUAGUCCUAUCACUAAGACAUCCCUUGGUUUCCUGUUUGUGGCAUAGUGAAUUCUUCAUUGUAAGUUGCUUGGAACGUCAUCCCUAUAAGCGGUUGAUACCAUAGCUGCAGAUCCUUCAGAGCUUCAUCGACGGCCACGUUUUCUCUUUCAAAAAUCGGGCUAUGACGAAACGUCUCAACUCCUCAGACGUUCAGAGAGAAAGAGGAAGUUGGAGCAAUAAAAGAUUUUCAUUGUACUGCAUGUUGGUCAUGUGACCAGUUAACAGUAGUUAUGAUAGGCUCAGAUAGUUAUUAUCUCGGCUACGCAGUAGUACGUCAUUUUCACAAUGGACUCCACGUUUUACUUAUGUUUAAAAUUAGAAUAAACAACAUAUCAGAUUAUAUUGAUGUACGUUCAGCUCAAUUCUUAAUCAUCAUCGACCAGGAUUGUCUUAGUAAGACCCUCACGCUUUGCUUCUGAAUUUUUCAAGGUUAUCAUUAGAGUUGAUACAUUUAUUUAUCUGUGCAACCUAAGACGCACACUGCGCCCCAUAUUGGACCUAAGAAAGGAUUCUUGAAACGGGGGAGGGUGUUCAUAUUGAAUCUGUGUCGCUUCAUAUCCUAGGUACAUUGUUUCAGGGCGAGUUCGCGUCAAGGUAUUUAGGAUCGUAUUUAAUAACCACUAAAUGUUCUGUUCAGAAAACUAGCAUAGUAAAGUUGAGCUGGUCAAAAUGCGCUUUUCUUCGCAGGGCUAUGACCUUGCGAACGACUCUUCCCGCGAAUACAUUGGGUUUGAUUGUGUCUUGUUUCAUUGCUUUCCUCAAACAUGCGUUUGCUGAUCGAUGUGUCCUCAAAUUAAGCGGAAAAACUUCAAACCAAGUGACUGUACGUACAUCAAUCGACCUCUUCACACAUCGUAAUCUCAGCGGUUUAAAAUAAUGCUGCUAAGUUUUUACACCCCUACAGAAAAUUCUCUCGAUCGAACUUUGACAGUGUUUACUGAUCAAUUUCCUAACCAGUGAUAUGUAAUCCUUGAUUUGUGCCCCGAACUAAAUCUCAUGAACUAAUCAGUUCAAAAAUGUUAGAUAGUAAUGUCAUUUGCUGCCUACUGGGAGUCGAAUCUCUGUAUUUCGUGGUCGCAAAUGCGAUUGAUACUCGACGACAAAAUAACCGUUGUGGUCACGCGCCCGCGCUCUUCACAGUUGGUCGAAUGUCCAGAAUAGUCUACAGAUUCUUGGAAUCAAAGGGAACUUCGAAGCUUCAUAGCUUUAUUAACAGCUAAAACUGCCCUAAUUCUCAAUGAUCAAUUGCAUGGAGACGCUUUCUUGUAGCCAGUGACACUAACGAUAUUAUAGGAAGCAAAUUAUAUCAAGAUAAGCUAAGACAGAGAGGAUUCAAACUUUUAAAACUUUGCAGAACUCGUGCGUAGCUUAAUUAAGCAGGCUCUAUCAGUCGUUUCAUCCAUUUAGCCGUUUCAGUUUGUUAUACAGAGGCUCUUUAAUGUUUAGGCAUCAGCUAUCCCGCUUUCUAUCGCUAAGAAACGGACAUUCAGUGACAAGAUCCACUGGACUUGAUCACUGGUGGAAGACAGUAUAUCACAAAUGCUCUUGGCGGAGAAUGACAGUUAACUUGCAAAUGAUCGAGCGCGCAACUAAAAGAGAAACCCGGCCGGAAUUACACGAAAGUCAUGAAACACGCAUCUUUACCGUCUGUUUCAUUGUCUGAUGCACUACGAAAAACAAGAUUUCUCUUGUUUUCUACAACUAACGAAAUCGAAAAUUACUACAGUCAAUUAAGGUAAAAAUAAAUCUAAAUGCAAGUGAUUUUACUGAAAUGAAAGGAAGCUUAUUAGAACGGAUACAAUUGUGUUUGAUAGCUGAGAAAGGUACAACAUGUUACGCAUCUUUACUUAGCAGAUCAAAAUCACGCAGUUAAAUUGUAAAUGAUUCGAACCUACAUUAAGAGUAGAAGUCCGCACGCCAGUCAAAGUCCAUAGAAUCUUUUCACGGGACAGACCAGUGUUCGAGAUUAGAGAGUUUCAGUUCCCGCGCGGCCAUACACCAACAUCGAAGUCGAAGUUUGAAGUCUUCUUCCAUAUUGCUUGCUGUCCUGUAUCGCGUGCAAUGAGGUAGCGAUGGAGGCAAAACACUUGUAGAAACAGUUGUUGAAUUGCCGUUUGCGAACAUCUACUGGAGAGCCAGUCUCACAAUCAAAACGGAAGCCUACCCUACUGACAGAUCCAGACUAACUGUUUUGGAUCUCGACAGAUCCACUAUGGCUAUACAUCAGACUUGAUUUAGAUCAUAACUAGUAGGUGUAUGUCUCAAAAAAUCAACUCUUAUUACAUGGCUGAUCAAUACUACAAAAUUAAAAGUUGCCUGAAGGAACUUGAAAUGGCUUCAAGCGAUCAAAAACAAACUAGGCUAAAUGUACCAUCGACUAAAAGUCAGUCAUAACUGUAAAUAAAUUGUGUCCACAUUCAAGUUCAUUGUCAGUUUCAGUUGUCUUGUAACUUCUCUACCAAAACGUAAAUCAGACAGGCUGGAUGACAGAAGCCUUUAUGCUGACGCCAUGCGAGAAAACAUCACCACCGCAUGGAAAUGGCGUGCAUUGUGUUAUUUGGAAAUUGUAACGGCGCCCCAUUUCUAGCUGUCCACCGGAGACAGGCUCAACCCACAGCCAGUAAUCAGAAAAUUUGGGGUUUUGCUCUGGGCCGGUAAUUCCUUUCCAAACCUGUUGAUCGUAAGUUUGCAGCACGGCGUUUGAAAUUCCGCCCAGAAUCACAGCCAAAGGGUCUCCUGGUCCAACCGAUAACACAUCUCUUGGAUUGCCCGUUUGGGGCAUAGUAAGUUCUCCUUCGUAUGUUCCUUGGAACUCGUUACCCACAAGCGGUUGAUACUUUUGUUGCAGAUCGUUCAUGAUCAAGACGGGAUCGACCAUAUUUUUUUGUUCAAAGCCUGUAACAAACUGAAUUCGACGUCUUAACACUUCAGAAGAUGAGAGUGAAAGAGGAAGUUAGAACAAUUGACAUACUCCGUACUAAAAACUUAAGUCAUGUGACGAGCAAACAACAACUUUGAUUGGUUUAGAUAAUAAUUACCUCAGCUAGGCAGUAGUGCGUCACUUUCACAAUGGACUCCACCUCUUACUUAAUAUAGUAAUCAAUGAGAAUAAACAGUUGUAAGGGAUUAAUUAGGAUGCAGACCGCAAUUCCUAAAUUUUUCGAGCAGAAAAGUCUAACCCAAAAACCCCACCAGCUGCUUUCAAACUUUUGAAACUAGUUCGCUAGAGCCUUUUAUCCUUGAUACGUUGUUUCAUAGUGCAUCAAGGGAUUUCUAUCAUAUUGAAUACUCACUAACCCCGUCGUUUUAAAACGACGUUUUCGUUGAACUGACCAAUGCCCUUGGAACUUGGCGUUCACAAUGGGGUCGAUUGUGCCUUGCCUCAUUGCGUUCCUCAAAAAUGUGUCUGAUGUCUCAAAGAGAAAACAUUAAAAUGUUCUCUCCGAUAAAGCUGACAACGCUUGUAUGGUCUGUAUAGUCUAAGCAACUCGAUCAUUUCCUUAGCUCACGAGGGCUUUUUAACUGGACUGAUAGCGAAGGCAUCAUAUCGCAUCAUAAGACUGCAUGGCCACUUGGCCUAAAUCAGAGAGUGCUGAAUGUUGAUCGAGGCGACACCAGGUUUCUCCUCAUGUGUAUUACUGUAGAUAUUUGUAGGUGUUUUAUCGUAAUUUCAACGGUAUAAGAUUAUGGCUCGCAUUACGAGUCGAGGGAGGCAAAUCUUUAUAUCCUACAGGCAAUUCUCUUGAUCGAACUUUACUAACUUUCAAAGUAUUUCCUGAUCAUCGAUUUCCUAACCAGUCCGAUAUGGAAUCCAUAACUUGUAUCCCGCACGAAAUCUCAUCAGUCGUUCAGUUCAAAUGCAUUUGAUAGUAAUGUCAUUUGCUGCCUAUUGGAAGUUGGAUCUCUGUAUUUGGUGGCUGCAAAUGCGAUCGAUAAUCGACGACAAAAUAUAACCGUUGUGGCCGCGCCGGCUGCGCUCUACACAAGCUUGCACGGUUCAUCGAAUUUCCAGAAUACUCUACAGAUUCUAAGAAUCAGGAGACAGCUUAAUAGGUUUAGCACCACGUAUAGUUCCAGUUGAACCUGGGCUAAUUCUCAAUAAUCAAUGCUGGAUGUUUUUCUUGUAGCCAAUGACAUUAACGAUAUUAUAGGAAGCAAAUUAUUUCAAGACAAGCCAAGACAGAGAAUUCAAACUUUUUGUGUAGCCGUUUUAGUUUGUUAUAGGGAGGCUCUUUAAUCUUUAGGGAUCAGCUAUCCCUCUCUUUGUCGCUGAGGAACGGAUAUUACGAGAGUCACUGCCUUGAAAUCAUGACAGACAGCUUCAGACAAAUGCUUGCGACGGAGAAAGACAACUUGUAAAUAGUCGAGCGAGCAACUGAACGAGAAACCGGUACUAUAAGAACUUCAUGAAACACACAACUUUACCCGCGGCGUCAGCUUCUAUUUGUACAGCUAUCGAGAUUGAAAAUACUAUAGUCAAAGAAAAAAAUUGAAAAGCAAGUAAUUUUACUGAGUUGAAAUUAAAGCAAGCUUUAAAUAGAACAGAGAUAAAUGUGGUUGAUAGCUGAGAAAGCUUUGAGACAUCAGUUAUCUUUACUUUAGAUCCCACCAAAUUCACGUAGUGGUCAAAUUGUAAUUAAAAAAUU